AUCAGCAGCCAAUUGAAUAAUAAUUUCAGACAUCAGAGGCACACGAAUCUCACUCUGUUCCUAAAACACCGGAAUUAAUUAUCAGCCUUAUAUCACAAGUCUGAUACUGACUGGUUCAAAACAAGAUGAUGAUUUUACACUCAAAAAAUUAUUAAUCAACUCAGUAAUUCAAACUCUGCAUCUUCAUCAUUUCUUAUAUUUCUUUAAUUACUCACUGAAUCUCCAAUUCCCAUGGGUCAGAUCCUAGACAAAUUCCAUGGUAAGCAAUGGAGGGAGAAACAGAUAAGGAUUAUAACGGACAAGGUUUAUGAACGCAUUAAAAGUCAAUCAGGAAAUUCUAAUUUGUCUUUUGAAGAACUUUACAUUGCUGUGCUACUCAUAUACAAUGAUAUCAAUAAGCGUUUGCCCGGUCCCCAUUUCGAUCCGCCUUCUAAAGAUGAAGUCAGAGUCCUGAUGGAGGAAUGUGACAUCAACAGUGAUGGAGAAAUCAACCAUGAAGAAUUUGUGAAAUUCGUCAAGAAGCUAACGGCAGACGCGUUUGUUGUUGUUAGUCAAGGACUGAUAAUCACUUUGCUUGUAGCACCCACAGUCGCAGCAGCAACAAAGAAAGCUACGGAAGGUGUUCCUGGUGUUGGAAAAGUGAUACAGAAACUACCAGCUUCAAUUUAUGCAUCUCUCGUCACUCUUGCAAUAGUAUGGUUCCAAACUUCUACUCAGGAUAAUUACUAGAAACUUCAGUUCAGUUCUUCUCUUCCACUCGGGGUCUUGCUGGCUGGAAAGUUCAUUCAAUUGCUUGCAUGUUUGUAAUCGAAAAAGGAUACGAAUGCUCGAACUGGUUCUGAGUAUUGAUCAAUCUUGUUAUAAUUACUUGGCUUGUGAUACAUAUACAUAAUAUCCAGUCCCCUGAUUUUAUUA